ACCUUUCCCUCGCUGCCUGGCUCGCUUCACUUCCCAUCGAAGUCUUCAAGUUUAAGGCCAAAAAAUAGGUGGGCAAUUCCUCAUUUGAGCUUCCAUGGCGCCUCCCAAGAAAUCAAAGAAGAGCAAGAAAGAUAGGAAAUUGAAGAAAAACUUAAGUUUGGUUCCAGUCGAGCCAAAAGCAGCAGAUUCUGACUGGUGGGAUAGUUUCUGGCACAAGAAUUCUUCAACCCAAGAUUCUUCACUAUCAAAUGAUGAAGAGGAAGGUUUUAAGUAUUUCUUUAGGGUCUCUAAGAAGACUUUUGACUAUAUCUGUUCCCUUGUAAGAGAAGACCUUGUGUCGAGGCCACCGUCAGGUCUCAUCAACAUAGAAGGAAGGCUUCUUAGUGUUGAGAAACAGGUUGCAAUCGCCCUGAGAAGGUUGGCAUCCGGUGAGUCUCAAGUCUCAGUGGGAGCUGCCUUUGGGGUAGGCCAGUCCACAGUUUCUCAGGUGACUUGGAGAUUCAUUGAAGCAUUGGAAGAACGUGCCAAGCACCAUCUCAAGUGGCCUGAUUCCAACAGAAUGGAAGAAAUAAAGUCCAAACUCGAAGAAGCCUUUGGAUUGCCCAAUUGUUGUGGAGCCAUAGAUGGUACACACAUCAUUAUGACCCUUCCUACCGUUCAAACAUCAGACGAUUGGUGUGACCUGGAGGACAACUACAGCAUGCUCUUGCAGGGAAUUGUUGACCAUGAGAUGAGGUUUCUUGACAUUGUAACUGGUUGGCCUGGGGGCAUGACGGUGUCUAGACUUUUAAAGUGUUCAGGAUUUUUCAAGCUCUGUGAAGGUGGACAGCGUUUGAAUGAAAAUGUUAGAACUUUAUCUGGAGGAGUAGAGAUUAGAGAAUACUUAGUUGGUGGGGUUGGCUAUCCUCUGCUUCCCUGGCUCAUAACUCCUUAUGAAAGCAAUGGCCUCCCAGCUUCCAUUUCCGCUUUCAAUGCUGUGCAUGGGGCUGCAAGGUCACUUGCAGUAACGGCAUUCUCGCAGUUAAAGGGCACUUGGAGAAUCCUUAACAAGGUCAUGUGGAGACCAGAUAAGCGGAAACUUCCAAGCAUCAUCUUGGUAUGUUGUUUACUUCACAAUAUAAGAAUUGACAGUGGAGAUAUAUUACAACCAGAUGUUGCUUUAUCUGGUCAUCAUGACUCGGGAUAUGGCGAACAAUGCUGUAGGCAAGUUGAUCCGUUGGGGAGGACUAUGAGGGAUAUCCUAGUGAAACACUUGCUGCACAGCAAGCAGACCGCUGCACCAAAGUGAUUCUUCUUCUGCCAGUCUGGUUUAAAUGAGUUGGAAGUUUGGAACGGUUUCAUUCUGUAAAAUUAUUUGCUUCGGCAAUUUGACCGGCACCAGCCAUAUACGACAUGAAAUGCGGAAUUGCUUCUCUUAUUCA